AUGGAUCCGUCUUUCAUGAUUUCGAGCUUCAUCGCUCCCACCCAACACGGUAUCGACCACCAACUCCCGGGGUAUCGAACCCCUGGUGCUGGACUGGAUGAAGCUGUUUAUAACAAAACAGUCACACUUCCUGUGACAAACUGGAUGUGUGAAGAAAAGAUAGGGCCAGGACCCACUAGGGUACUACAGACAACGAAAGCAAAGUACUGGAUGAUAACCAGGAGAAAGCAGGGUGAUCAGAAGGCGCCUGCCGUCUUCAGCACGCCGCACAUCGCCGUCGGCAGCGGCGGCGGCACCUCCUCGGCCACCUACUACGAGUCGUGGGAGGAGCGCGCGUUCGCCCAGGACUCCGCGGGGAGCCUCGGGGGCUGCAUCUGGCCGCCGAGAUCCUACUCGUGCAGCUUCUGCGGCCGAGAGUUCCGGUCGGCGCAGGCCCUCGGUGGGCACAUGAACGUGCACCGGAGGGACCGGGCCCGGCUCAAGCUCUCCGGGAUGGUGGAGGAUGGGGGCGGCGUCGACGUCCAUGGCAUGCCUCUUCAUCAAGGCUACAUGAUCCAGCCGCUGCCAUGCCCUCCUCCAAGACCUAGUGCUCCAAGCACAGAAGCUAACCCUAAUCCAGUACGCAGCUUUCUUUCGGAUCCAGGGAAGUCGUUGGUGGACGCUGCAACUGCAAGAACCAUUUGGGGCAAACAAGUCUUGGCCGCCCCUCUCGCGUCCCCAUCAGACACCCAAGAACAUGGUGAGAAGGAUGUGUUUCUUCGCGACGCCGAGGUACGUUCAGAGCAAGAACUGCGUGCUGGGGCUGGCGAGCUGAAGCUGAGCCUUUUGGGCCGCCGAACAAGAAGUGCCUUUGAGGAUGAUGAUAAAGAAGACGAUGAAAAGAUUGUUCAUCUAUGUCGCAAGAGGAGGAGGAUUGAUCUGGAGGCUACCGAGUUCGUUCUGUCUUCUUCCUCUAGUGAGCAUCUGCAACGUGAUGAUCCUCGUGAUGAUGGCGACGAUGAUAAUCGUCGUGUGAAGGAGGUUGAACUCAAAAUCAAGAGCUUACUUGCAUACAUGUGUGAAAUUCAAUGUCAUUUUUCCUGUGUAUGGCUUAUAUUUGUUCACCUAGUUGUUUCAUCGGACUGCAUUUAUGUUCAAGCAUUUUGCAAAAACCCCGCACUACUAGAGGUUGCACUUGCAUGCAAUCCCCUGCGUAAAUGGCAAAAAUGUUUCCGACUCUUGUAA